AUGGCAGCCGUGGACUAUGGCCUCGCACUGACGACUCGCAGCCGUGUGGGCAGCCUCUCUGAUAAGAAGGACCUAUAUAAGUCAGGCAGCAUUGGGAGGUCACUCUACAGACCCCCGAAGCUCAGAAAAACAAACAUGCAUUUAGGAAAAGUGCUCAUCACCGUUUUCACCUUGGCGUUAACAGCAGUCUCAGCUUCCCCGCCUCAUCGUGAGGGCAGAGACGCCACCUGGACCGACUCCAUGGCCAAUCAGGCUCAUCACAAGUCCAAACUGGCAAAGGAUGAGGACCAGGUCUACAAGAGCCACAUAGACGACAGCGGCCUGUACAACCGCGGCGAGGAUGACCUCUACAAGAACCCGGUUUCGGAAGAGAUGCAGCGCAAAAUCUACAUGGAGUCGGAGCGCCUGCGUGCGCGUCUGCGUCAGGAGCUGGCCGAGCUGAGGGAGAGGCUGGAUCUCUCGCCGUCCCACCGCGGCGCCACCUUGUCCGCCGUGAGGCAGCGCUUGUCCCCCAUCACCCAGCAGCUCCUGGACUCUCUGAGCAGCAGCGCCCACCGCCUGUGCGACCGGCUCCGUCUUCACCUCCGCCACCAGGAAGACCCCCGAGACUUCCAAUGGAUGACGCAAACCCUGCAGCGGGGCACCUCCGAGCUGGCGGCCAUCUUGGAUGACCUCGCCGCUCAAACCUCCCAGGUGACGGAGCGCCUGGGGGAGACGGGCGAAGCGAUGAACAGGGAAAUCCUGCAAGACUUCGCCUCGAGGCUGGGACGGGAAGUGAGUGCCCUGAAGGUGGAGGUUCAGAAAGCGCUGGAGACUCUCAAAGCGGAGCUGGCGAGGGAUGACGCCGACGCCGCCUUGGAGCGCUUCUGCCAAAGCGCGGCGCGGCAACUUGACUUCCAGGCCCGGAUGGAGAGGAUGUUCACGGGAAUGGAGGAGGAGACCAGUCCUUCGCUGUCUGGACAGUCUGAGGGCUCAUUGCAGGAGGACUUCUCAGUCAAACUGUCGGCUCUCAUCCAGGACAUUCUGCACUCUGUGCAGUGACACGUCCGCCAUCAAACUACCGCCAUUUCCGGGCUUUAGAUCACACCGGUAUUUAAGCCAAACUUUAGAAGAAAGCUACAUUUUUUCAUAUGUUCUAUAAUAUAGAUUGUCCAUCCAUCCAUCCAUUUGCUUCUCCUUAUCCGAGGUCGGGUCGCGGGGGCAGCAGCCUAAGCAGGGAAGCCCAGACUUCCUUCUCCCCAGCCACUUCAUCCAGCUCCUCCUGGGGGAUCCCAAGGCGUUCCCAGGCUAGCCGGGAGACAUAGUCUUCCCAACGUGUCCUGGGUCUUCCCCGUGGCCUCCUACCGGUUGGACGUGCCCUAAACACCUCCCUAGGGAGGCGUUCGGGUGGCAUCCUGACCAGAUGCCCGAACCACCUCAUCUGGCUCCUCUCCAUGUGGAGGAGCAGCGGCUUUACUUUGAGUUCCUCCCGGAUGGCAGAGCUUCUCACCCUAUCUCUAAGGGAGAGCCCCUUCACCCGGCGGAGGAAACUCAUUUCGGCCGCUUGUACCCGUGAUCUUGUCCUUUCAGUCAUAACCCAAAGCUCAUGACCAUAGGUGAGGAUGGGAACGUAGAUCGACCGGUAAAUUGAGAGCUUUGCCUUCCGGCUCAGCUCCUUCUUCACCACAACGGAUCGAUACAACGUCCGCAUUACUGAAGACGCCGCACCGAUCCGCCUGUCGAUCUCACGAUCCACUCUUCCCCCACUCGUGAACAAGACUCCGAGGUACUUGAACUCCUCAGGUUCUCCUCCCCAACCUGGAGAUGGCACUCCACCCUUUCCCGGGCGAGAACCAUGGACUCGGACUUGGAGGUGCUGAUUCUCAUCCCAGUCGCUUGACACUUGGCUGCGAACUGAUCCAGUGAGAGCUGAAGACCCUGGCCAGAUGAAGCCAUCAGGACCACGUCAUCUGCAAAAAGCAGAGACCUAAUCCUGCGGCCACCAAACCGGAUCCCCUCAACACCCUGACCGUGCCUAGAAAUUCUGUCCAUGAAAGUUAUGAACAGAAUCGGUGAUAAUAUAGAUUGUGUAAAGAUUCAUUUACAUGCCUUAAUUGUUACCAAACGAUGCCUGUAAAACGGCAGUAAAACGGCUGAUCACACAAAACAGAAGCCAUCAUGAUGGACCCUCCAGCUGUGGAAGAUAGCUUUCCAAACAGCUAAGCAGACUCAUUUAGUCCACAGUCACGUUUAGGUGUAUUUAACACAACUGAAAAUAUACAAAAAGAAUGCCAUCGUAAGUUAAUAAAACCGAGCGGUAUAGCUCGGUUGGGCGUGCCAGCAACUUGAAGAUUCCACGAUCGAUCCCCGCUCCCGCCAUCCUAGUCACAGCCGUUGUGUCUUUGGGCAAGACACUUUACCCACCUGCUCCCAGUGCCACCCACACUGCUUUAAAUGUAACUUAGAUAUUGGGUUUCACUAUGUAAAGCGCUUCGAGUCACUGGAGAAAAAGAGCUAUAUAAAUUCACUAAAACUAACACAGACACUCGUAAACGUGUUAGCGUUUACACACCGCUGGCUUGAGUACAUGACGGCAGCACGUUCAAAUGUGCAUGAAAACACUCCUACAGACAUCACACACGGGACAGGUUUAGUAAGCAUGAAUUGCUUUAGUUGCAUUGUAAAACUUUCAAACGUUGCUUGGAGGGAUGAGUGACGAAUCCGAACAAGUAGCGACGUAUUGGACAAGUAACAGACGAAAACGGGAUAUGCUUCCGGUUCAAGGCACAAAAACAGGAAGUACAUUUUUUUUAACCCGCAGUGAGCAAAUUUGUCCAAAAGAUGGCGCCAUUGCACAAACAAUAACACAUUCUUAGCGUCUCUGUCUGUGUUUUAUGAAAACGAUGCGUCGAAAGCAAAACAUUAGGGAAGAAAAAUGUAUUUUAUAAGCCGCAGGGUUCAAUUCAAAGUAUAAAAAAGAUAUGGUAUUUUUUUAAGUACAUAUUUUUUUAAGUAUUUUCCUUUUCUUAUGUGUAAAUGAUCGCUAUGGAGUCGCAACAUAGCCAUUAAGUUUUGGUCCCUUGCUACAUCACGUCCUAAAUUAGGAAUUUCCAAGCAUAAAAAUGCCUAAAUAAAAUUUUUGAAAAAUUAUACUAAAGUGGUAUUUACCACGAGAAGGAACUAAACCAAACAGAGUUCAGUAUCACGCCCACCGAUUGGCUCAGCCUCAGGCAGCAUAACUAUAUUGGGGCGGUAUAGCUCGGUUGGUAGAGCGGCCGUGCCAGCAACUUGAGGGUUGCAGGUUCAAUUCCCGCUUCCGCCAUCCUAGUCACUGCCGUUGUGUCCUUGGGCAAGACACUUUACCCACCUGCUCCCAGUACCACCCACACUGGUUUUAAUCUAACUUAGAUAUUGGGUUUCACUAUGUAAAGUGCUUUGAGUCACUAGAGAAAAGCGCUAUAUAAAAUACAAUUCACAAUUCACAAUUGGAUUUAAAAGAAUGUAAAGAUGACUAAAGGGUGUUGUGUCUAGAGGGCUCUCAUAUUGUUAAAAAAAAACUUAUAAAGAUUUUAACAUCUUGUUCUAUAAUUGUCAGAGUUAGUUGGUGUUGAACCCCAAGAUGCAGAGAAGGACGGAGGCAUUUUGCAGGAAAACAUGAUAAAAUACUAGAACAAAACCAAACAAAGGGUACAAACAAAAAGCGCGCACGUGGGCGGAUAACAAACAAAAAGCCCUAGCGUGGAAGCUAGCUGGUAUCUAGCAGGAAAUAGAAGUCGUACUUAUAAUAAGAAAACAAACUGGAAGCAGGAAACAAAAGACAGUAAGCUUGAAACAUCUAACUAAAUUUAGCUUACCGCAACGCCGUAUUGACUCGACAACAUACGACACGACACGACAGGUAGCAAUGACAAGAGCGACAAGAAGUGACAUCGACAAGACAAUAAACCAGCACUCGACUGGAGGACAAAACAGGUUCAAAUAGGAGCGGGCUUAUUGACACCAGGUGUGGCCAGGUGCCAAUCAGCCGCAUCUGAGGGAAAACAGCGCAGUUCAGUUUAUUAAGGAUCCCCAUUAGUCUACACCGCAGUGGAGACUAUUCUUCCGCACAGGGGAAAAAACAGGAAACAGACAAAAUAAGAGCGCUGACAGGAAAUACUAAACACACAGAGGAAAAACUAAAAUACAAACAAACUGUCAGUGGCAAGCCUGACAACAAUGGCCGCAAAAAAUUGUUUUUAGUGCCAAAACCUAUUGGCAGUGUUGUAGCACCGUAGCAUGGAGUCCGUUCUCAGGAAAAAAAAGUAUUACUUGUAACAGUGAUUUAUAUACAAAUGUAAUAUUUUACCUUUUGUUUUGUGUAAUUGUUUUUUAUAUUGGUUGCCUUGACUUGUUAAUGACUACAAUGUUAUGGUUUUGCUCACAAUUUGUAAUUCAUGUUUAUAGCAAAUGAACGCAUGCCUUUUGUGUUUUUGUACAGUGUUGUGGAACUAUUAAUGUGUUUUUGUAUAUUUGGGUUUUAAAAUAUUGGACUUGAGGUGAUAAUAUUCGGAAAACCCAAAACCUUUACCGUUUUACAAAUACGGCAAAAUAUGUCAUUUUUUUGCCAGCCCAAACUUUUUGUACUGUUCUCUACUACAUUCCUGUACAUACUCAUAGAACAUAUGUGUGAUGAUGAUUGAAACAUCUAUUUCACCACAGAAGUUGACUUUGGACACAGUUUAUUUUUGAAAAGAGCAAUACAAUGUAAAUGUGUUUUUAAAAUAAACCAAAACAAUUGAAGUGGCUUUUUGUCUUACAAUGUAGUAUAGACAUUAUACUUUAAUGUACAAACCCUGUUUCCAUAUGAGUUGGGCAA